AUGCCCCCGAAAGCGUCGUCGAGCAAGGACAAGCCUAUCGCGGAGGAGGACGAGGUGCUGCAGGCCGUCAUCCUCGCCGACAGCUUCAACAAACGGUUCAAGCCGCUCACCGUCGGCAAGCCCAGGUGCUUGCUACCUAUAUGCAACGCUACCCUGCUCGACUGGACGUUCGAGAGCCUCGCGCUCGCGGGCGUGCAGGAAAUUUUCGUCAUCUGCAGGUCGUACGCCGACCAGGUCAAGGCCGCGAUCCGGGACUCGAAGUGGUCGAAGCCGUCGACGGGGCUCAAGAUCGUGCCGAUCGUGACCGCGAAGGAGACGUUCUCGCCCGGGGACGCGAUGCGCGACAUCUACACGCACCAGAUCAUCACCUCCGACUUCGUGCUCGUCACGGGCGACCUCGUGAGCAACGUGCGGAUCGACGACGUCGUGCGCGCGCACAAGGAGCGCCGCCGCGCGAACAAGGACACGAUCAUGACCGUCGUCGUGAAGGAGAGUGGGGCGGCGCACCGGUCGAGGUCGAGGGCGGAGUCGGGCGUGUAUGUGCUCGACCCGGAGACGUCGGAGUGUCUGCACUACGAGCCGUAUAUUGGAUACCCUCCGAAACCGCAUAUCAGCAUACCUAGAGAGAUCCUGGCCGAACACCCGGAAGUGGAGAUUCGGAACGACCUCAUAGACUGUUCGAUAGACGUCUGCUCGGUGGAGGUCCCAUCGCUGUUCCAAGACAACUUUGACUACGCCGAUAUCCGGAGAGACUUCGUGUACGGCGUCCUCACCUCGGAUCUUCUCAUGAAGAACAUCUUCUGUUACGUUGUGAAAGACGGUUAUGCGGCGCGCGUGGCAGACACGCGCAGCUACGACGCAGUCAGCAAAGACAUUCUCUCGAGAUGGACGUUCCCACUCGUCCCUGACGACAACCACCCCGGCGGCCAUCUGUACGAGCACCUGCGCGGGAACAAAUACAUCGCGAAGGACAAUUCAGUCACCCUGUCAAGAACGUGCAAAGUCGGCAACAACACGCUCAUCGGCGCGGGCUCGACGGUCGCGGCGCACGCGACCGUGCACGCCUCCGUCGUCGGCCAGCGCUGCACCAUCGGUCCCGGCGCCGUGCUCCGCGACGCGUACGUCUUCGACGACACGCACGUCGGCGCGGGCUGCGUCGUCGAGGGCAGCAUCGUCGGUGCGCACGUGCGCCUCGGGGAUGGAGCCCGCGUCCCGAAAGGCUGCCUCAUCGCCGACGGGGUGGUCCUUGGCGCGAACGCGAAGCUGCGGACGUUCGAGCGCGUCUCGAAGAGGCGCCAGGCGGUCGCGGCGGCUGCGUCUGGGGACGAAGCGGACGACGAGGAAGACGACGAUUCCGACUUGGAGGAGGCGGAGGCCCAGCAAAAAGACGUCGCAGAGAUCGUGGGCCAAGAUUCGAACGCUCUCGUAUGGCCGCGUGGGUCACCUGAAGAAGAAGACGAGCUGGACGAGCGCGAGUCUUACAACAACCAGCGGCUGAUGCGCAUGGGCGACGACGCGUCCGACCUCGAGCUCUCCGACUCGGGCUCGACCACGGACGCGUCCGAGACAGAGACCGAGUCGGACUUCUCCAUGCACGCCCUCUCCCGGACGUCCUCCACGACCUCGGCCUCGACCGGGCUCGCCGCGGCGGACCCGUCCGCGUCGACGUCCGCGAUCCACACGCUCUCCUCCGCGGCGGCGGAGACGGAGUUCCGGUCCGAGGUCGCGCAGUCGCUCGAGCGCGCGUUCGCCGAGGGCCACUCGGUCGAGAACGCGGCGGUGGAGCUCAAGACGCUCCGGAUGGCGUCGAACGUGCCGCUGCGGCGGGUGCGGGAGGCGGUCGUCGGCGCGGUCGUGGACCGCGUCGCGCUGCGGCCGGACGACGCCGCGGCGCAGCGCGCGGAGAUCGCGCGCGUCGUGCGCCGCUGGGGCGCGCUCAUCGACAAGAUCGGGGGCGUGGACGCGGUGGAGACGGUGGAGGUGCUGCAGUACCACUGCGCGGGCGCGGGGGAGCGCGAGCCGGCGCGCGGGGCGCUGUUCGCGCAGGUGCUCGCGGCGCUGUACCAGCUCGACCUCGUCGAGGAGGACGACGUGCGGGCGUGGCACGCGAGCGCGGCGGCGCGGGGCGAGGGGCUCAAGGAGGGCGCGCUGCGCGACGGCGUGCGGAGGGGCUGGGCGGUGGGCGCGAAGAUGAUCGAGCAGUUUGACGCGGCGAGUUCGGAGGAGGAGAGCGAGGACGAUGCGCCGCAGACUGCCAAGCCGGCCCAGCCGACCAAGAAAGAUGAGAGCAGCGAAGAAGACGAAGAAGAGGACGAGGACGAAGAGGACGACGAAGAGGACGAGGACGAGGACGAGGAAGAAGACACUGCGCCCACCACCCCGUCUGCGGCCAAGCCUCCGGCUCCUGUGCCAGCACCAGCCGCAGCGUCUUCCACGCCGGCAGCCAAGCCGGCCGCACAACCAAGCAAACCGGAAUCGGAGAGCGAAGAGGAGAGCGACGAGUACGAAAGUGCUUGA